AAUAGUGAGUAUAACUUAUCACACAUAGCUAACAAUGACUAGUGGAAACCACAUAUUACUAACAAAGGAUCAAGUGGGACCUACACUCUUGCUUAUAACCACACAACCAUAUGACUAAACCAUCCAUUCAUUUCCACUUCCUGAGAAGGGAAAAAUCAGAAAACAAGCUCUCUCCACUUCUCUCUCCCUCACGUUCUACCACCACCACCACCAAAAGCUCUAUCUUCAUCUCCAACCACCUAUUCACAUCAGAAAUUUAGCAUGCAAUUGAGGAAUCAGCUUCAUAAGUACUGCAUUAACCAAGAUAAAGUCUCAAACACUACCCCUUUCACCUUCCUCUCAAUUGUAACUCGCCCAAAUCUCCACCAAACAUGUUAGUAAUGCACUAAUUCCUUGAUUCUAGACCUGCGCACCUCUAUUCGGAACUUGUAGCAGCAAUGGGUAGUCCUAAAACACAAGAAUUGAUGAAAACAAUGAAGGAUUAGAGAGGGACUGUUAUCGCAGGUUUGCCUAGCGAAUCGGGCUUCUCGCUUAGCGAGGAGCAGCAGAACAACUUGCUUCUGCAUGUUGCUGUUUCCAUUUCUGCCCAGCCACUCUUGAUUAUCGGUAAGAAAACUCAGAGCUUUGUUCCUUUCCUUAAAAGAAUCUGUACAUUCUUUGAUGUUAGAAAUUAUCAUUAAUUCCAUUCUUGGUAAUUACAUGUGGUUUAUGUGGAGAAAGAGGCUUGGUUAAAUAAUUGGAGCUAAGCAUGGAUUUAAAAGUGGAAAUCAGAACCACUAUAGAGGAAAAUGGAAGCUUAAGAGCAAGAUUCAAGGUCUGGGUUUGGAAGAAGCAACCAAAUUGAAGGGAUUGAUAAUCAAGGUACAUGAAUCGGGACGAAUUUCCCUACAGUUUGAGUAUCCCUUUCAUAGGUUUUGGUUUGGUAAUGAGGUCUGGAGAUGCGUUUAAAGAUGGGGUCUGAUGCUGUGAUUUUUGGCUGCGGGUUUCUACGUGUUUAAGUCACACGAACUGAUGCAUAAGUGUGGAAUCUCGAAUUCACUCAAGGAUUUUCAUCUACGGAUUGAGAUGCGAGCAAGAUUAUCUGGAGGACACUUUAGGAUGAUUAACGAGAAGCUAUACACUUGCACUGGGAAGGAGGCGCUUCAUUAUUUCCGUGAAGAUUCAUCUCUAUUUAACUUGUAUCAUGCAGGAUACAAAACACAAAUGUCUAAUUGGCCAGAACAGCCAGUUAAUGUAAUUAUUAAGUGGCUGAAAAAACAGAGUCCUUCUUUUGUUGUUGCUGAUUUUGGCUGUGGGGAAGCGCUCAUUUCCAAAAGCUUGAAGAAUACCGUCUUCUCUCUAGACCUUGUCUCCAACAAUCCUGUUGUAAUUGCUUGUGAUAUGGCAACUACUCCACUAAAUUCCUCAGCUGUUGAUGUUGCUGUGUUCUGUCUUUCAUUGAUGGGAACCAACUAUCAAACUUACCUUGAAGAAGCAUACAGGGUGCUUAAGCCAGGCGGCUGGCUCUUGAUAGCUGAAGUGAAGAGCAGGUUUGAUCCAAAUAAUGGAGGAGCAGACCCCGAGAAGUUUUCAAAGGCUAUUUCUGAGUUAGGAUUUAACUAUGUGAAAAGGGACGUAUCAAAUAAAAUGUUUAUUUUGUUUUACUUCACGAAAAAGGUAAAGCAAAAUUCUAAAGGGAAGGAAAUUGAAUGGCCAUCACUUAAACCUUGUUUGUACAAGCGUCGUUGAGACUAUGAUCAUUAUUUUAGUUUAGAUUUUUAUACACUAUUGUUAUAUGGACGAAAGUCAAUCAGAUUUCUUGUUAGCAUGGCUAGUGAAUCACAAAAGCUCUUGCACUAUUUACAUUCAA